UGUCCUACUUGAGACACCGUAGAUUACUACGGUAUCUUGGCAACCCAAACACGGUUUCUCAACACAGAGCAGUGGGUUAAACGAUUUAAUGUUCCAUUUUAUUAGCUUAAAAACUUAAAGAUUUAAGUUGCCUCGUGAGUCAGUGUUCAUAAAGUGUUACCUGGAGUGUUUUCAUGUUUGUUUAAUCGCUGACGGGAUCCAAAUAACUUGUGGCUUUACGAGACAGAUUCUUAAGUUUGCAAACAGAAGAUGGACCAAACUUUACAUCCUCGCAUUUAUGUGGAAAGAACACUGGCCAUCAUUAAACCAGAUGUCUUUUGUAUGGCUGAAGAGAUCGAAGACGUAAUCCUGAAGUCGGGCUUCACUAUCUUGCAGAAACGGAGGCUGCAGCUGAGUCCAGAGCAGUGCAGUGACUUCUAUGCAGACCAGUAUGGAAAGCUCUUCUUUCCCAGCUUGACAGCCUUCAUGAGCUCUGGCCCCAUCGUUGCCCUGACCUUGACGUGUGACAAUGCCAUCGCCCACUGGAAGUCCAUCAUGGGACCUGCCAACAUCACCAAAGCCAGAGAAACUCAACCAGAGUGCCUCAGAGCAAAAUAUGGAACCUCUGACCUUAAAAAUGCCCUCCAUGGCAGCAACUCAUUUCACACAGCCGUUAAGGAGAUUAAGUUCAUGUUCCCAAACUCUGUAAUUGAGCCCUUUCCGUCAAGAGGAGCAACUGAAGAGUACCUGAGCAGGCACGUAAAUCAAGUUCUGCUACGUGGACUCACUGAGCUCUGCAAGGAAAAGCCACUCAAACCCUGUAUAUGGCUAGCUGACUGGCUGAUUACAAACAAUCCAAACCAGCCUCAAAUAUUUGAUGGGGUCACUGAGGAAGAUGAAGAAUGGCAACCUAACCAAAUCCAAGAGGGAUAGUUAUUCAGUGUUUGCUUCUGUUGUAAUUAAAUAUAUUUAAUAAUAAGUAAUAAUCACGUUAUGCUUGUUUUCUGGUCGAAAUCAAAUGUCUUGUGCAUCUUUAACUUUAUGAAACAAUGUUAUCCCACAAAUCCAAGGGUAUCAGCAAGGUAAAUUAAAAAAAUUGGCUUAAAGUCUGCAUUUUAGACAACACCAGAACAUUGAAGUGGACUAUAAUUUUAUUUUUUUUUUUACUUUGACUUGAUUCUUGAAUGUUUUCUGCGUUUAAAAGCCUCACAAACUCAACAUGUUUAUAGUUGAAACUUGUAGGCUACUUUUUUUGUAAUUGGCUAAAUUCAUUAUCGGAAAAAUAAUAUUUAUAAAUCAACAUGUAUUCCACAUUAAAUCCAUUCCCUGGCUUUUUUUCUGUAAAAUCCCAUGCUUACAGCACGCUUAAUGCCUUAUUUCUCACACGACCCUACUUUGUACAUCAUUGUCAGAUUUUCAGUGAGCUCAAUUGACAAAACUGUCAGCUUUGAAGCAUUAUUCAACAGGACAGUGUGGCUAUUUCAUCUCGA